ACUCAAAAACCUCUUUAAUACUAAAGGACUACAACGUUUGACUUUUAUCAUCGUGACGUAAUUUCCGGGAUCAUGGCCGUCAAAACAGCGGCAAGUAUUUGUCAACUUGAUCCCAAACUUAGUUUUAGGGAUCCGAUUUAUGUUUAAGGUGCCACCUCGGGUUUUCGGAUCCAUAAGAUCCGAUUCUCCGUGGCGUGUCGCGCAUGUUGGUGCGCUGGUGUUAAAAUAUGACACUUAAAUCCACGUUCGUCAGCAGCGGGUAGGUGAAUGUAAACUUGGUUUUGCAGACGAGUACUAUGCAAAUGUCCUUUAGCAAGUUUUCGCAAAGGGCAACACUGCGAAAUCGGAUCCCGUCCUGUCGUUCUCCAGAUGGAGCAAACACUACUUAUUAUUAACCUGAUGAUAUUUGACUCAGAUGCUCAGUAAUAUCAUGGCUUGUAGUUCUGGCUCCGGUGCAAAAAUGUCCAGUCCAAAUGUCAGCACGUCGACGAUGGCGGUGACUCCGGGGGCUGUGGAUCAGAAGACGAGCCCGGUGUUAUUCGAGAUUUACGGAGAGAUCUGGAACGUGCAGGCUCGUUUGGGUCAGGGCGUAUCGGCCUCGGUGUACCGGGUCAGCUCCGGUCGGGCGAGCACCGCUGCGGUGAAGGAGUUUCAGGCAGACACGCAGGGUGGAGAUUACGGGUUCCUUAAGGAAAGAUCCGUGCUGGAGAGCAUACAGGGACACAAAAAGAUCGUGACCCUCUAUGGUGUGUUCACCAAUCACAACCCAUUUGGUGUGGCCACUCGUUGCCUGUUACUAGAGCUUUUGGAUGUGAACGUGUCAGAUCUACUGGUCAGGGCCAGUAACCAGGGGCACUCCAUGUGGUUGAUUCAGCACUGUGCCCGUGACGUUUUGGAGGCCCUCAGCUUCCUGCACAGAGAAGGUUACGUGCAUGCCGAUCUCAAGCCCCGUAAUGUUCUCUGGAGCGCUGAUGACGAGUGUUUUAAGCUCAUUGAUUUUGGCCUAAGCUACAGAGAGGGACACCAGGAUGUGAAGUACAUCCAGACAGAUGGCUACAGGGCCCCUGAAGCUGAGCUGCAGAACUCAUUGGCUCAGGCGGGUCUGGGGGGAGACUCCGGCUGCACAACUGCCGUGGACCUGUGGAGUCUGGGCAUCGUUCUUCUGGAGAUGUUCUCAGGAACCAAACUAAAAGAAAUUGUGAAGUCUCAGGAAUGGAAGGAUAACAGUUUUGCAAUAGUAGACCACAUCUUUUCAAGCAAUGCAUUGGUUUACCCUGCUAUUCCUGUCUAUCAUCUGAGGGAUCUCAUCAAAAGCAUGCUCCACAAUGACCCUAAACUCAGAAGCACAGCGGACGUGGCAUUAGUCGACCCUUUCUUCAGCAUUCCCUUUGCACCUCAUAUCGAAGAUCUGGUUCUUUUGCCUACACCUGUUCUAAGACUACUAAACGUAAUAGAUGACAGUCACCUGUAUAACGAAGAUGAGUAUGAAGACAUCGUUGAGGACAUGAAAGAAGAAUGCCAGAAGUACGGCACCGUCGUGUCUUUAUUGAUUCCUAAAGAGAAUCCCGGCAAGGGUCAGGUGUUUGUGGAGUAUGCAAAUGCUGGAGACUCCAAAGAGGCCCAGAGACUGCUGACGGGCCGAACGUUCGACGGCAAGUUUGUGGUCGCUACGUUUUACCCACUGAGUGCCUAUAAGAGGGGUUAUUUAUACCAAACUGUGCAGUGAGAAGCUGCGCUCCGUUCUUCAGAGUGGAUAACCUCACAAUCUCAUUCGUAUCAAUGUUUAAGAUUUACUCAAGAUCAUAUAUGUGAAUAUAGGCACUCACACAUUUGGGUUUAACAAAGAGGAAAGUGUAGGUGUCGGCUUCCACACCAUAAUACGAUGCUUUUAUGUACUGUGUGAGAACUUAUAUUUAUGUUUCCUCACCUUUUUUGCUGUUUUAGCGGUGGUACUGAUGCACUGCUUUGGUUUACACUGCCUUUAUAACCACUGAUCACUUUAGAGACUAGGUUAACUUAGUCCUCGAAUGUCUACUAUUCCUUAAUUUGUAGUUCACGCGGCUUGUUUUCUUUUUCCGUCAUUAUAUUUAGUCAUGAUAUGUAUUUCCAGUGAUUCUGCACAUAUAUUUAAGCUACUGGUGAAAUACACUGGCUUGCAUGCACUGUGCCGUGGUUGAGCUUUGCGUUCGACUUGACCACGAGAGCUGUUGAACCACAUCACCCCAAAGAUAGAAAUCCAACUUUAGAUAGAGCACAACGGACGACAGAGCGGGUAAACGUGCUGGAAAUUCUGAAGUGAAUUUUCUUUAUUCAGGGUUGACUGGAAUGGGACUCCAUGUCAAAAGCCACAAUUUUUGUCUCAUUCUGAAUGUGUGUCAGGAGAUUUUUUUUACUUUGAAUUCCAAAGGUACAAUUUCAGUUUAGCCUAGUUGGACAAAAUAUUUUUAGAUUCUUAGUAAAACACAAUUGUACUAGGAUGUGCACAACAAAAGCGUAACUUCUAUAACACAUUUGUGAUGGGUGGGGUGGGAAUAGUAAUACUCUAUAUAUUCCUUUGGCUGAUUUAACAUUAUUACAGAAAUAUGUCUACAAUACUCUUGUUAGAGUCAGUUGUGGAGUUUAUUGUUUAUGUAAUAACUGCGUGCUUUUGCAAUCACAACAUUAUUGAAAGGCUUUUCCAGUUAUGAUAGUUGUAAGCGUUCCUGGUUGUGGUGUGUUUGUGUCUGUGAUUUCAUUGCAUGACAUUUUGGAUUCUUAAACUGCUACAGAGCUUUCUGACAGAUUAACAGUUGUUCACAAGAGCUUUCUAAAGUAUAGAGGACUUGAAUGAAUGAAAUAUACUAUAUUGUCCUUAGUAAGGAAAUUUGCUGUGGACUUCAAUAGCUAAAACAUUGUGUUUUGACAUGUUGGUGGUUUGUCAGUUUUCCAGUUUUUUUUUUACUGAUUUUGAGAUUCUGUCCUAAUCGCGAAGUCAUUCUGUGUUAUGUCUUACAGUCUUGAAGUAUUUAGUAUUCUCAGUUUUAAAGGCUGUGAGCUCUAAUAUAGUACAAUGUGAGAAAAGAACAGACUUAUAAGAAUGCAAAAAGAAUUUAUUUUUUACUCAUGUUGAUUUCAUGACAACGUGGCCUAUACAAGUCUAUGAGAAUGUUGCUGUAAGGAAGGGACAAUUUAAAUGAAGUGAUAUGCAUGUUCCAAGUGUGCCAUUCCAGUUCUGGGAAAUUUACAUUGCUCAAAUUCCGACUGUGAACUUAAAAGUGUGAUUGAUCCAGACUUUAUGCACAAGAAAUCUUUUAGUAUGCUGACUAUAAAUCUAUUGCUGACAAUGUGUGACAUUUGACUUGGUUUGGAAAAUCUAUUUAUUAGAAGUGUUUGUGCUAUGCGUUGAUGAAAUGUAAUCAUUUAGGCAUGAUGCUACAAAUGACAGCUGUUAUAUGGGGGGAUAAACUUUCCAAACACAGAGAGAUCCUGUUAGAGCUCAGAUGAAUGAUUGAAGAUAAUAAAAACACAAGUAGUCUCGGACUAUUGCUAAUCCAAGUUCCUGAGAUAGCAGUUUACAAUAAGAGUCUAUUUCCAUGUCUUUCGUACUUUUAUGCCUUCCAUAUUGAGCCAGAUUGAAGAUUUACUGUGAGCAAAUAUAACUGACUCUUAGCAUGUUUAAUAAUAGUAACAGAAUUUCUUCUAAUAUAUUAGUUACAACUUAAAUAAAUUAUAUUCGGGCUCCCCGCGGUCAUAGAAACCUGGAAAUAUUAGGGAUUGUCAUUCACGGGUCUAAAACUUUGAAAAAUAUACUUUAAAAGUGUCGAAAACAUCUAUAACAUAAUUAUUACAAACAAGCUCUGAUAUAUUUCGAAAGGGCUCUUUGUAUGUGCAGUUUCUAUAAGAAGAAAUUCUAGUUUGACAAUUGAUACAAUCCAAAAUUAAAUGAAAAUGACACUAUUUUCAGGAUCAAGGCCAAGCAUUUAAAAUGACAGAAAGGGAUAUUUUCCUCAGGCAAAAUCAUCAAAGAUUCUCAAAUACAGUCUUGAUGUCCCCUUUAACACUUUAAAGGGUUUCAGAUUCAAUAAGCACAAAUUUUCUUUUUAGACUUCAGAAAUUAAUGUUAUAUAGAACCAGAGAUGGGUGGUCUGCCAGGGAUCAUUUCAUACUGCCUUAAGUUUAAAUACAGUACCGUUUAAAAGUUCAUGGUCACUUAUUCAUUCAUUCUUUUAUUUUUUAUAUAAAGUAAAUACUCUAAAAAUUAUUGUGUGACUAAAACAAUAAAUCUGCAGAAUCUUUACCCUGAGAUGCUUUUUAAACAAAAUUGAGGGAGUUCCCAUCUAUUCGGGCUUCUUAUCGACUCCAUUAUUAGAUGUGAAGGGAUAGUUCACCCAAAAAAGAAAAUCCCCCAAGUUGUUCCAAACCUGUAUAAAUUAGUUUGUUCUGUUCAAUACAACGAAAGAUAUUUGAAAGAAUGUAAGCAACUGACAGUUCUGAGACAUCAUUGACUACCAUAGUUGGGAAAAUUAAAAUGUCAAAGGUGCCCAGAACUGUUUGCUUCCCUACAUUCUUCAAAAUAAUAUUUCCGGCUAAGGUAGUCAAUGGUGCCUCAGAAAUGUCAGUUUCUAACAUUCUUCCAAAUAUCUUUCUUUGUGUUCAUCAGAACAAAGAAAUUUAUACAGAUUUGGAACAACUUGAGGGCUUGAGGGUAAAUGAAGAUAGAUUUUUUUUAUUUUCGAAAUUAAUAAGUUGUCCUAGUUAUGUUUUUGUCUAUAAAGCUAAUACUGAAAAUCUUCAGAUCAAAAGUUUUUAUGAUCAUGAGAAGCAUUUUAGUUGAGUGAUCCUAAACUUUUAAACGGUAAUGUAUAGAUUGAAUUUGUAUGCUGUAAACAGUCAGUAGAUGCUGACUGAAAAAUGAAAGAAAAGUGCCAAAAAAUAUUUCUUGUUUUUCAGAGCCUUCUUUUAUCCCACCAGCAACCCUGCAGAACUACCCAAGAGUGCAGGGAAGCCAUAUAUAUGUUUAUGUCUCAGAAAUGCCUUUAGAAAACAGCUGGUUUUGGCUAUAUUUGUUUCCGAAACAGUAGAUGAUAUGCAUUGAUAUGCCAGACAUCCUUCCUAGAAUAAAAACAAAGUGCUGCAUUUUGGCUGGCCUGUGUGUCUGUAGAGGGCAAUAAGCCUGCCAAGGUAAAAACAAGGUAAAACAGUUGGAAAUUAAAUUCUCUGUGCAUUAAUGAGACUUGCAGGGUAAUAAAUUUGGUGGUUGAAUAGUGAAAAGUAGCAAUCCUUACCCCAAGAUGUCUAAAUUCUGUGCAGGAAACUAGAAAAUUGAGCCAGAUGCCUUUUGGUCUUAUGGUUAUUAUGAAGAUUUAUGAUGAUUUUCUCUAUAACCCUCACUGAUGAUCCAGACGAUUUUUCUGAUUUAUUGGUUUUAAUACGGCAUGAUCGACAGAAAGAAACGGCACGUACCACGCCAUUUGAUAGACUGCAUAUGACCUGCUAAGGAGAUGCCAAGAAAUUUUUGUGACGUUGCAAACAUUUAAUGAGGAUGAGUGAACUUUUAGAGCCAAUAAGGGCAUAGACUGCCAUAAAUCAUGCAUGGAUGAAAUAUACUUUGAGGUGUUUGCAAAAGUAGUGUUUAUAGUACAUUUGUGGUACAUUAUGGGUUACAGUAUAAGAAAAGCGGAUGUUGGGUUUAUAAUAUGAAAGCAGUAAGGAAUCAUGUGACUUCUGUGUUUUACAUUUAAAUGAUUUAUUAGUUUUUUCCCUUUAAAACCUUUUUUUCGUUUUUUCCCUUUAAAACCUUUUUUUCUGCUGUUCAUGAGACUUUGCCAGUGAUUUUGUUACUGACAAUAUACAGAAAACAGUGACAUUGCUUUGCAAAAAUGUUAUAAAAAUGUAUAUUUUGACACAUGAAUUAAUAGAUGCAGAUUAAUAUGUUGAGGUAAUCUAGCCUCACAGGAAAUAAAUUAAAACAAUUUUACAUAUUAAUAUUUGUCAGUCGCCAUUAAAAGUCUCCAAAGUUGUAUUAUUUAAAUGCAAAUAUUCACAUUGUACGUGUACUAAUGCUGGGUUGUCUUUUAUCAUGUGUAUCAAUUUCUCGUAGCUCAUAAUUUGGCAUUAUUUUCAACGAUUAUUUUAUAAGACAAUCAUGUGUUUCCUGAUGGCCUAAACCAUUUUGCGUUUCCUAUCAUGCCUGAGGCAAAAAUGCAAUUGGUUGAAACUUAAGAUAAAUCGUUCUGCCUUGAAGUCCACAUAUGUGGCUGGGAAUACUAUUUGAAACUUGAACAUUUCACACAGUAGAAAAACAAUCGCCUGAAAAUAGUUUAGCGCGAGGAGUGUUUCAUGUGUUAGUUAGAUUUGAGUGGAAAGAUGUUUGUCCAUUAAAGAUCAUGGCAUGACUUCAGAGCUCUAGAUGAUAAGGAUGACGUUCAUGUUUCUCACAAUAAAAUGUUUGUGUGUGUCUUGCA